AUGACCUUGACGGCUGACAAAGGGUCAUCUGCCGGAGUAGGAAUUGGCGUGUCGUGUGCAAUAAGAAGGACGGUUUCAACAAAGCAGUCACACGUUUUCAGAGCAAUCCAUCUCACGCUGGUCAGAGAAGGGAGCCAUGAGUCGGUCUGCUUUGUUCAGUGCUCACUGGAAAGUGCCACCGGUCAAUCGAAAGAUCUUCCUCUUUCGCCCGCAUCAGCCUUCAUAAUGUAUUACAGUUGCCUAGAAACUGUGGCCUGA